AUGGUACUUACCACAAAAUUAAUAUUGUCGACCAUCCACCUUGUGCUCCUCGGCGUCCUCCUGCUGGCCGGCACAUCGAGCUUCCAAUGCAGCUCCGUCGACCAAGCCACCCUCCUAGCUAUCAAGAAACAGUGGGGAAACCCCUGGCAGCUUGUAUCAUGGGACCCCGUCGCCAACGCCGACCACUGUAAAUGGACCGGCGUGAUCUGCGGUGGUGGACGCGCCGAGGCCGUGACAGGGAUAUCCUUGCGGGGGCUGAACAUCACCGGCAAGCUCCGCUUCCUCGACCUCUCCUACAACGCCUUCCACGGGGUCCUUCCGCAUGACAUCAGCCGCCUGUCACCGGCCAUGGAGCACCUCAACCUGUCGGCAAAUUACUUCGGUGGCACCAUGCCGGCCGCGCUGGCCGGGCUUCCGGCGCUGAGGUCGCUGCUUCUUGACACCAACCAGUUCACCGGAGCGUACCCAGCAGCCGAGAUAAGCAAGCUCACCAGGCUCGAGCAGCUGACGCUUGCCUGGAACCCGUUCGCACCGGCGCCUGCGCCCCCAGAGUUCGCCAAGCUGACGAACCUGAGCUACCUCUGGAUGUCUAACAUGAACAUGACCGGUGAGAUCCCGAAAGCAUACUCGAACCUAGCUAAUCUCCAGCUAAUCGCUAUAACCGGGAACAAGCUCACCGGCGAGAUCCCCGCGUGGGUUUGGCAGCACGAAAGGCUUGAGUACGUGUACCUGUACACCAGUGGACUCACUGGCGAACUGCCGCGCAAAAUCACGGCGGUUGAUGUGUAGGAAGUGGAUAACCAGCUUACCGGAGAAAUCCCAGAAGAGGUUGUUAACCUCAAGAACCUGAGCAUACUGUUCCUGUACACCAAUCAGCUCGCCGGCACCAUUCCAACAAGCAUAGCGAUGCUCCCCAAUCUUAGGGACAUCAGGCUAUUUGAAAACAAUCUCUCGGGCGAGCUGCCGGCGGAGCUAUGGUCAUUGCCGAUGUUCAACAACGUGAUGAUACAGAACAAUAGUUUCACCGGGGUUUUACCAAACACGAUACCUGAGAACAUCUAUCACAUUGAUAUGGGGGACAACAAAUUCAAUGGCCCCCUCCCAACAUCGGCAACCGGGCUGCGGGUAUUCAGGGCAGCAAACAACCUGCUCUCCGGCCAGCUACCGGCUGACAUGAACAAAUUUGCCAACCUCACACGUUUGGUGUUGCGCGGCAACCAGCUAACUGGUUUCAUACCAUGA